AUGGCGAAACGCUCGUUGAGCCCUGACCCGGCGUCCGCAGAACGUCGCUUCAAGUCUAUAUCCACCGAAAAGAGACCAUUCAGGAUCAUCAACCUCAGUGAAGGCGACCUAGUACACCAAACUUGUGUUGCGGUCCAUGGCGAGUGCCCGGAGCUUGACGAUGCCGCGGAUACCGUCUUUGUGUCUGUCUCGUCGUCCCACAUGUUCAACCAGGAGCCGCAGACAGUCAACCACUGGCCGUUGCACAAAGGCCAAUGGAAGGCGCUCGUGAUGCUAGCACCGGGCACCAAUACACUCAUCUUCAAACUGCAUCACGCUCGGAGAUUCUUAGCUUCCCUGCAGAUUAACGUUAAUUAUAUUCCCUUGCUACAGCUGCCUCCUCUCCAUCUCGCGGUGCUUGUUGCAAAGGAUUCACCGCUGCUCAUCGAUUGCCCCCCAGCCAAGUAUGGGGGUAUCUCAACUGCACACAGUACCAUUGACGCAGCUAUUUCUAAGCUCCGAAUGUCAGCGUAUAUGUGGCAAGCUCUUACAGCAGAGGACUUUCGCCAAAAGGGAUUGGGGAGACGCUCAUUUCGCCUGGAGGAGGAGUGGUCCGCCAAUACAACCGUGCAAGCGGGGCAUCAAGCAACCACUGGUACCAAGAGCAGUAUGGGAUCUGUUGCAAAGGUCCACAUUAUCCGGUCGGAUAGGAAUGUCGCAGAGCUCAGGGACGCCGAUGUUGCCCAGCAGAAUCCUCGAGGUCGAGAUCGGGACGCCUUGCACAGAUAUUUUGAGGCGGCUCUCGCCAAGUCAGGACCCCCUUUCGAGUCAAGCUGCCGUCCAGUGGUUGCCGGUUUGAUUCUCGAUGCGCAUUACUCCAACGAGCAAUCCAUGAUCAUGGGGCAUGCUGCAUUGGGUUGUCAUAAGCCCGAUGGCAUCUCCUUGGGCAUAUUUGGCAGUCAUCUCACCUACUCUUGGCCGCGUUUCCUAGAGGAAGUCCCUGUCUGUCUGACGGAUAUGACGCCCACGGGUGACACCGUCGGUAAUGAUAACGGUGAAUGCGACACCAUGCGCGGCGCGUGUUUUGUCGGCCAAGGAGCUUUUCUGCAUGAGGUGGGCCAUGCGUUCGGCGCUGGACAUACUACGGGGAUCAUGGCGAGAGGGUACAGCAAAGCCUGGGCGAUGAACUUUGUCGCUCAUGAGACAAAUGGUACGGCAGAGAACGAUGCUAAGUGGGAUCUCCAAGAUGCGCUGAAGUUCAAAUCGUUGCCGCACUUUGCACUCCCUGGUGACAAGCUUGUGUCGAAUGACUUUCGGCUUGCCCACGUCAGAAUUGAGGUUGACUUCGGCUUGGAUAACCCAGAUAUCAUGAGUAUGGAAGGGGAACACCCGGAGGGGCUCAAGGUGUCUUGUACAGCAGGCCUGGCGCAAGUGAGCAUUGAGAAUGGGGUAAAACCACCUAUAAUCCAUGACUUUAUAAAUGCUGUCACUCGAAAGGGCGCUUGCACCAGACUUUCCAUCGACGAUGUUUGUGCAAAGUUUGAUCAAACACAACCGCUGAAAGUUACCGCUCUGGGCAUGAAUGGUAAGGUGAGCGUCGUCAAGGACUUCUGGGCGAUGCUCAAGGAAAGGCCCUACAUCAUCAUCCCGGGUAGUAAUGUCACUCUUCGCAAACAAUCCGUUCGGUCUGAAGAUCUAGAUUCAAAUGAUCAUGACCAGGAGUUCAUUAAGUGGGCUAUGCUCCUUCACCGCCGCGGUCGAGAUGGCCAACUGCAUCGUGCGACGUCGAUCGACCUUCGGGUCGGAUGUACCAUGGAUGGAGCAAUAGUCUACUAUGCCGAUGGGCAGCAAGCGAAUUGCGGUCCUGGACAUCCUCAUCGAUUUGGCGGACACGCAUCCCAAAGACAUGACAUCCCCGUUGAGGAGACCAUCACCAAAGUCAGGGUUUGCAAAGAUGACCACGGAUGGAGGAGUUUGGCAGGUAUCUGCAUGACCCUGAGUAAUGGAGAUGAGUGGGGACAUCUCAACCACAAUGACCUUGACCAUGACAGCGACAGUGACAAUGACAAUGGAAAUGGUGAGGGCGGUAAAUCCGUCGUCACUCUCGAGCCAGCUGAGGAUGAGGUUAUUGUCGGCUUCUACGGACAGAGUCACCCGAUGAGUGGAUACACAUUUGAGUUCGGAAUUUUGACGACUCCUCGAGGAGUUGACCUGCCAGGGAAUGUUUAUGAUUUACCUGAAUUUAGGAAUAAUUGA